AUGUUUACCCUCCUCAUAGCGCGUCUGCUACGGAGGCCUCCGCCUACGGGAGUCAUCAACUUGGGUCCAGCCCGAGUUACCGACUCGCUCGUCCUCAGACAACUCAACACAUACCAAUUUGUUGUCGCUCCCCCACGAAAACGUAUCUCCCCACCCAUCUUGGAUGCUGAGAGGGUAGAAGGCGGACAGGUCAUACCGGAAGACCAAGCCGAAGAAAUCACAGUGCAUCGUCGUAAUUCUCAAUCGCACCUAUUCAGGUCCUCGGAUGAUCCAUUCUCAGACGCACACACCCCAGACAACGCAGGAAUCAGCACACCUCCUUCCGCGUUUGUACGUUCCCGCCUCACCCUCAGUGACGCAGACGGGUCUCUCCACUGGGAUUCCGCAUCGUCCGUAUACAGCAACCCUUUCACCGAACCAAACGCCUCAGCCGAGACGGCGAGUAUCCCAGCCAGCGCCCGCGCCCCGUCUUUCAUCGGCAGCACCGCGUCCAGCGGACACGCCCUCGCGCUGACCGAAAGCACCCCGCCGACGCCUCGGUCCGAGGCAGACGACUUCGGCUACCUCUCAGACGCGACGAUGUCCACCCUACCGCCGUCGUACCGCACCAACCGGGCAAACACACCUCGUGUCCCCCAUCUUCCACUGCCGGCCCAGACGUCAGCGUAUGACACCAUCACUGCGCCGCCGUCAGCCUUCACGACGAGGAAUCUCAGACGCAGUAUCAUGCACGGCCCUCGGCCACCCAGCAGCGCCCGGCAGGAAGGCGCCGGGGUAGACCAGGCCUCUGCGAUCGGUGAUGUGGUCGUGGACGAUGGUCCAUCUGGAUCCGGAGGGCCUUCGAGAAGAGCGCGCUAUGGGGGGCGCCAACACCCGCGGAAGUCGGUCGACGGUGGGGUGAGGCUAGAGGGUGGUCCUUUGGACAGUGGUGGGGAAAGUUCAACGGUGAUAGACGGCGCUGCAGAGUCGGAGCUGGACCCGCCGCCGGUGUACAAAGGUCCUCGUCGUGAUCUGGGAGAGAAGGGAGAGCUGCGAUUGAAUGAUUGA